CUUGAACUCGUUUAUUAAUCACAAGUUAGAUUUUUCUAAUUUAUAUGGUGUGCGCAGCUGUGACUGGGUAGGGAAUGUGAAAAAAUAUAUAUUCUCAAAUUUUCUGUAUCUGUCGGUAAGACAUGAGAAAUUUUUCAACAUUUGCUGUAAAUUUUGUCAUUUCUGACAAAUCCAUCUAUUCACCCAAACAACCAAAUAAAACCAAAUUAUAUUUGCCAGAAUCUAUUUCAAUUCAAUGCAACGACGUGUCUUUUUAAUUCUGUUGGGCAACACUGCUGUGAUACAGAAUCUAUUUCCCAUCAGCCUCUUCUUCUAUUCCACCUGGGCACAAUGUUUGGAUCAUUCGGCCAGUUCUCUUGUUGUACGUGACAGAACCAUUCUGAUUUUAUUUUUAUUGACCAAUUUCGUUUCGGCACUGUGAUAAGAAUGACGUUAGCCAUCUGAUGGGUUGAAAACAAAUAUUACCCAACGGAGUUUCCAGGAAAUUAUGGCCCAGAAUGGGGAAGAAGGGGCCCCCGACACUACCGCCGAGUCAAAUUACGCCAAAGUUAUUAUAGUAGGUGCGGGAAUGGCCGGUUUGAGCGCGGCGUUUUACCUAACCAAAAACGGUUUUACGGACUACAAGAUAUUGGAGGCCCGUGGCCACAUCGGAGGUAGGAUAAUUCAGAUUUCGGUUGGGCAGGAGAAGGUGGAACUCGGGGCCAAUUGGAUUCACGGCGUUUUGGGCAAUCCGGUCUAUGAAUUAGCCAUGCAGUACGGCCUGGUCGACAUCAUGGCAAGCCCGAAGCCUCACAAAGUGGUGGCAGCCACCGAACAGGGCAAACAAGUGCCGUUCGCGAUACUGCAGGAAAUCUAUGAGGCCUAUCUUUGUUUCCUGCAACGGUGUGAGGAGUAUUUUAUAUCUCAGUAUGAUCCUCCAGAUGGUAUUGAUAGUGUCGGCGAGCAUAUUAGACUGGAGAUCAAUUUGUACUUAGAAAGAGAGACGGAUAUUAACACGAGAAAGUUAAAAGAGUUACUCUUUGAGUGUUUGUUAAAACGAGAAACUUGUAUAUCGGGUUGUGACAGUAUGAAUGAGAUUGAUUUGUUUGAGAUUGGUAGUUACACUGAGUUGCAAGGGGGGAAUAUAAUAUUGCCGGGUGGGUAUAGUUCUAUAUUAGCGCCGCUCGCGAACGCUAUUCCUACUGAGAAAAUUGUAAAAAAGUGUCCGGUUAGCAACAUCCAGUGGGACUGCAACAAAAAAUUGGCAAGCAAGGACUACGCUAGUGAUUCUGACGAUUCUGCUAGCACAGUGGUGGAACAUCAAAGCCGAUCGGCUAGUAGUAGUAGAGAGUCGUCGCAAGAGAAGGCUGCUUCAUGUCAUAAUGUAGAAAUUACAUGCCAGGAUGGCAAAAAAUUUUUUGCAGACCAUGUGAUAUGUACUAUACCGCUAGGAGUUUUGAAACAUGAGGCGGGCACCUUAUUUAAACCGCCACUGCCGGAUUAUAAGUUGGAGGCCAUAGACCGCUUACUUUUUGGCACAGUUGAUAAAAUUCUUUUAGAGUAUGAGCGGCCAUUUCUGCACCCAAGCAUUACGGAAGUCUUGUUACUAUGGGAACCUGCAGAUCCCAAGGAAGAUAUCAGCAAGACCUGGUUUAAAAAGAUCUAUUCUUUCAGCAAGAUAUCAGACACUCUAAUACUGGGUUGGGUAUCUGGCAAAGAAGCUGAAUAUAUGGAAACAUUGCCCAAGGAUGUGGUGAUAGAAGUUUGCACCAUGGCAUUGAGGAAGUUUUUGAAUGACCCUUUCAUUCCCAAGGCCAAGAAUUGCGUGUGCACAAGUUGGCACAAUCAGGAGUUUACUAGAGGAUCUUAUACAGCUAUAGCAGUAGGGGCGUCACAGGUGGACAUAGAAUGCCUAGCCCAGCCUCUCUAUUUGGACGAACAUGAAACCAAACCAGUGUUACUGUUCGCCGGCGAGCAUACGCACAGCAACUUCUACUCGACAGUUCACGGGGCUUACCUUACGGGAAGGACUGCGGCCCAGUCUAUACUUGUUAGCGAUCAUCCCCAAGAGAUAGUAGUUGACUGCGAGGACGAGACGGAUUUGAGCUCUUGGAUUCAAGGAAUCAGUCUCGAGUAA